AAGUAGCUACAUUCAGAGAUCUCAGCGUUUCGAUUUAAAAAAAUGAGACUAGGAAAUCGACCAGAAGAUAUUAAAACGUGUGUGCAUUCCACAUGGCAUAUUCAUGGAGUUUUAAGACAAGAGAAUGGUUCUGUGGUGAUGUCCAGAUGCUUGAGCCAUGGAGCUUGGCGUCUGCUGCUCUGGCUUCUGCUCCUCGCAGCCUGGGAGGCAGGGAGCGGCCAGCUCCAACUCUGUCCCCGAGGAGGCCAAACACGGAACCUUCGUGGGCCGCAUCGCGCAGGACCUGGGGCUGGAGCUGGCGGAGCUGGUACCCCGCCUGUUCAGGAUGGCGUCCAAGGACCGCGGGGACCUUCUGGAGGUAAAUCUGCAGAAUGGCAUUUUGUUUGUGAAUUCUCGGAUCGACCGGGAGGCGCUGUGCGGGAGGAGCGCGGAGUGUAGCAUCCACCUGGAGGUGAUCGUGGACCGGCCGCUGCAGGUUUUCCACGUGGAGGUGGAGGUGAGGGACAUUAACGACAACCCUCCAAUGUUCUCUGUAGCAGAACAAAAGAUCUUGGUACCUGAAUCUAGACUGCUUGAUUCUCGAUUUCCACUAGAAGGCGCAUCUGAUGCAGAUGUUGGCGAGAACGCGAUGCUUACUUACAAACUCAGUUCAAACGAAUAUUUUGUCCUUGACAUUGUAAACAAAAAGGGCAAAGGCAAAUUCCCAGUGCUUGUCCUUCGAAAACUGAUAGAUCGGGAAGAAAAUCCUCAGCUAAAGUUGUUACUGACAGCGACGGAUGGAGGCAAACCCGAGUUUACGGGAUCGGUUUCUCUGUUGAUCCAGGUGUUGGAUGCUAAUGAUAAUGCUCCCGUGUUUGACAAAUCUGUUUACGAAGUUAAGAUGUCUGAGAAUCAAGAGAAUCAAACGUUAGUAAUAUGGCUGAAUGCUACUGAUGCAGAUGAAGGAGUAAACAAGGAAGUGGAGUAUUCGUUUAGCUCGUUGACCCCAUCUAGCAUAAGAAAGAAAUUUCUAAUAAACGAAAAAACUGGAGAGAUAAAAGUAAAUGGCGCUAUUGACUUUGAGGAUAGGAACAAUUAUGAAAUUCAUGUGGAUGCUGCAGAUAAAGGACAUCCACCUCUGGUUGCUCACUGCACUGUACUCGUGGAAAUCCUGGAUGAAAAUGAUAACGCUCCAGAAAUAGUCCUUACAUCUUUGUCGCUUCCGGUGAAAGAAGACGCUCUUUUGGGUACUGUAAUCGCCCUGAUCAGCGUGUCAGACCAAGACUCUGGAGUCAAUGGACAGGUGACCUGUUCGCUGACUCCGCAUGUUCCCUUCAAGCUGGUGUCUACCUUUAAGAAUUACUAUUCGCUUGUCCUGGACAGCGCCCUGGACCGAGAGACCACACCUGACUAUAAGGUGGUGGUGACAGCCCGGGAUGGGGGCUCGCUCUCGCUGUGGGCCACCGCCAGCGUGUCUGUGGAAGUAGCUGAUGUGAACGACAAUGCACCCGCGUUCUCGCAGCCCGAAUACACGGUGUUCGUGAAGGAGAACAACCCACCUGGCGCCCACAUCUUCACGGUGUCGGCCAUGGACGCAGACUCGCAGGAGAACGCACUGGUGUCCUACUCGCUGGUGGAGAGGCGGGUGGGUGAGCGCUCGCUGUCGAGCUUCGUGUCUGUGCACGCGGAGAGUGGCAAGGUGUUCGCCCUGCAGCCUCUGGACCAUGAGGAGCUGGAGCUGCUGCAGUUCCAGGUGAGCGCGCGGGAUGCUGGUGUGCCUUCCCUGGGCAGCAAUGUGACUCUACAGGUGUUUGUGCUGGACGAGAACGACAAUGCGCCCUUGCUGCUGGGGCCUCAGACAGUUGGAACUGCUGGCGAAUUUAGUCAACUUGUGUCGCGGUCAAUGGGUGCUGGACACGUGGUGUCAAAGGUGCGCGCGGUGGAUGCAGACUCUGGUUACAAUGCGUGGCUGUCUUACGAGCUGCAGCCCGCUGUGGGCAUGCGCAGUCCUUUCCGCGUGGGUCUAUACACGGGUGAGAUCAGUACGACACGAGCCCUGGAUGAAGCUGAUGCGCCGCGCCAGCGCCUAUUGGUGUUGGUGAAGGACCAUGGCGAACCCACGUUGACUGCCACUGCCACCGUGCUGGUGUCUCUAAUGGAGAGCGGUCAAGUGCCAAAAGCUUCUUCCCAGGGGUUCUCCAAUUCCUCAGACAGGGAGGCAUCGCUAGUGGAUGUCAAUGUGUAUUUAAUCAUCGCCAUCUGCGCAGUGUCUAGCCUGUUGGUGCUCACGCUGCUGCUGUACACUGCGCUGCGCUGCUCCGCAGUGCCUAUGCAAGGUGGGUGCGGGCUUGGAAAGCCCGUGCUGGUGUGCUCCAGCGCGGUGGGGACCUGGUCAUAUUCUCAGCAGAGACAGCAAAGGGUGUGCUCUGGAGAGGGUCUGCCCAAAACUGACCUCAUGGCCUUCAGCCCCAGUCUUACACCCUACCCAGUGACCGAUGUGGGAGUGGAAAACCAUUCUGCUGGAGGAGACGUUUCCGGGCAGGAUGUCGUUGUUCUCCAACAAGAGCGCUAA